AUGGCCGCCUUGUAUUACUCCACCAACGUCGCUACGACAUCCGGGACUCCGACAAUCUCCGAUUUCCAAAAGAUAAAAGACUGGUCCGUCGAGCAACACAACGAAGCUCACGCCUCCGACUUGGCCUGGUUACGGGGUGAGAUCCGAGCUUUUCGGGAGCGUACACAAGAAAAGCGGUCUGUGUUGGUGGUCACGCAUCAUGCACCAUCCCUGCAGCGUACUUCGAGUCCGCAGCAGGCUGGGAAUUCGUGGAGUUGUGCUUUUGGAACGGAUUUGCUGGAGUUGUCUUGGGAUGGGGUUAAGGUUUGGGUGUUUGGGUAUACGCAUUAUACAACCCAGUUUAGGGAUUAG